AUGGGUCGCUGGGCUUUCCACGUCAACCAUCCUGCUCCAGCUGUCCUGUUUCCAUUUGGGGAUGGAGACCUGCAAACUCCUGUAUCUGAUGAUGGAAGCUCUGAGGAGAUCAUCUUGCAGCAGCCUUUCAACUACUUUGGACGCACUUACAAUCAGAUCUAUGUCAAUAAUAAUGGACACUUGACCUUCACUGAGCCCUUCUCUGAGUACAGCCCCUAUUCAGGCUCUGGAAGAGACAUCAUCUUCCCACUGUGGACCGACCUGAACAAUGGAAUCCAGGGAACUGUUUCCUACCGACAGGCCACAGACAGUGCCACUCUGAACCAAGUCACCAGUCAGAUUAAUCAGUAUUUCCCUGAUGUUUCCUUUGCUGCAUCCUGGGUUUUCAUUGCCACAUGGAACCAAGUGUCAUACUACUCGGGCGCAGGGGCCGCAACCUUCCAAGUGGUGUUGGUGUCCAGCGGUGAUGUCUCCUUCUUACUCUUGAACUACGGUGACAUUGAUGCAACAGAGCAGCUUUGGAUGGUGAGGAAAACACAAUACUGUCGUUUAUAG